AAUACAACGUUUGGUAUGUGUGAUUGUGUAUGUCGCAUCAACUAAAAGCUGAGCCAAAACAAUAUCAACUCAACUAUCUCAACAAUCACAACUAAAAGUUGAGAUAUAACAAUCACUCAAUAUUAGUGAUAGUUUCUGUCACAUCACCGAAACAAUCCAUGUAUUGUUUCUGCUAAAAAAAACAAAAAUAAAAACGAUGCAUUGUAAACAAUACAUACAUAAUGACAAUCUCAACAAAACAAUCACAACUUCCAAGCGACCCCUAAAUUCUUUGUUACAGACUACAAAUUCUUAUUGUAUGCAACUGAAAAAUGAAGAUAGUGAUAUAUAUACAUUAUAUAUACCAUAGUCUAGGGGAACGGGCUGGGCUCGGAUGUAAGAGUAGUUGCACUUUGGUGUGAGCGGAAGCCUAUUGGGCCGUGACUUGCUUAACAGGUCCAAUCAGCAUUCUUGCCCUGGCUCCUCUAGUCCUCUGUCUUACUCUCUCAGAAGUCAGAUCUUUUCCCAUUGAAACGACGCUGUACUGACCGCGUCCCAAACGCCCGAACCAGUCACCCCUAACCACGGCUCGGAGAUAGGGCUGCAAAUGAGCCAAGCCGCUCGCGAGCAACUCGGCGUUCGAAUCGGAAAAAACUCGUUCGACACUCGACUCGUUAUUUAACAAGCCAGCUCGUGAGCCAACUCGUUAGUUAACGAGCCAAGCCUGAGCUAGACCAUGCUCAGCUUGAUAAGCUCGCGAGCUAGCUUGAUUCGGUGGCUUGUCGAGCUAAGCUCGCGAGCUGCCUUGUUUUGAGCUUGUGGAAGGAUGAAUUACUCUUUUAAACAUGAACAUUGUCUUAUAAUACAGAUGUGUAUGAAAUUUAGAUGUUAUUUCUAGUUUCUAGUGUUCUUUCUAUCAUUUAAAUUCUUAUGUUUAUACAUUUUUCCAGCAAAAAUGAUUUUAAAUCGAGCUCAUCUUGAGCCGAGCUUGUACUCAGCUUAACAAGCUAUGUUAAUGAGCAUUUAUCGAGCUCUACCGAGUCGAGCUCGAGCUAGAUUAUUUUUAUUCAAGCCGAGCUCGAGCUCGAGCUGGAUUAUCAAAAUUCGAGUUCGAGCCGAGCUCGAGCUGAAAAAUUAAUAAACGAGCCGAGCUCAAGCUAAGCAAAAACUCGACUCGACUCGACUCGUUUGCAGCCCUACUCGGAGAGCAGCCCGCUACUGGUUUUGUUCGUGUUCUCCGUUCGGCCAAGCUUCCCUUAUCUGCCAUUUCUCCGUUCUCGAUCGCACGGACUUGCUUCCCUGCCGGCGCCGCCGUCGUCUACUUCUCCCUUCUCUCCCGCCUUUUCUCUCGGCGGCGCAAAAAGAAGAAGAGCCCGACUCCGUCUUGCUAAUGCUCUUCCAGAAUAUCUCUGCCCGCUCUUCUCCUUCGCCAGUAAUUUGGUACGGUUUCCAGUACUUAUUCGCUCCAAUUCAUUCUGCAUUCUAAUUGUGCUCAAUAAAAUCAUACUGGUGGAAUUUCCGUAACUUUUUCGCUCCAUUUGUGAAAGAAAUGAAUUGUAAUGAAAGAAUCAUUGGAUUUCCAAUUUGAGACCCGGGAGAUUGAAAUUAAUGAAUAAAGCUGCGAUCUUUUGACAUGCAGUAGACAUUGAGCUCCGGUGAGAGCUUUGAUGAGAGUUUGAAUCAAGCAGUUGAUGAAGAAGUGAAGAGUGUGGGAAGGGAAAGGGGGGUUUUGACAAUGUUGGUGGGUGGUGGUUCUCGCAUUUCACACCACUUACGAGAGUGCAACCACCGGCACAAGUACUAUAGGGAUCCCCAGCAAGCACUUGCAGUCGGGUUCGGCUUUUGCAGCUCAAGGAUUGUUCAGCUCUCUUCCCUGAUAUUCAAACCUGAAUCCACCGCUGUAGUUGGAGGCCGCCAGUACCGUAGCACAGUGCAGCCAAGAAUCUUGUCAUUCUCAAGCCUCCGGUCGAAGUCACCUGGCGAAAUUCCCAUUUUAUCUGAUUGUUUCAGCGAUCGAGAAGAUGAUUGCAAGAACCUCUCUGAAGGAUUGUCCUCAGUUGCAGGAGGAAUAGUAGCACUUGGAAAGUUUGAAGCUCUUCACAUUGGUCACAGAGAACUUGCAAUUCAAGCAUCGAAGGUUGGAGUUCCAUAUCUACUAUCCUUUGUCGGGAUGGCUGAAGUACUUGGUUGGGAGCCUAGGCCACCAAUAGUUGCAAAGUGUGAUCGGCAUAGAGUCCUUUCGUCCUGGGCUCCACACUGUGGAAAUGUUGUUCCAGCAGAGUUCCAAAUGGAGUUCUCGAACGUCCGGCAUCUCACUCCCCGGCAGUUUGUUGAGAAGUUAUGCAAGGAGCUCGAGGUGUCCGGAGUAGUAGCAGGGGAGAACUAUCGUUUCGGAUACAAAGCUGCUGGUGACACAUCUGAACUUCUUCAGCUGUGCAAUGAACAUGGAAUCCAGGCUUACAUCAUAAAUUCAGUCAUGGACAAGCAUCGACGAGAUCCCUUGAAACUUGAUAUAAAUGACUCGAAAGAUAAAGGUCAAGUCUCUUCCACUCGAGUUCGCCAUGCUUUAGCUGCUGGUGACAUGGAUUACGUGACUGAACUUUUAGGCCGCCGACAUCGGCUAAUGGUAACUGGUGAAGAACAGAAUUUGUGUGGAAUUGAUUCCAGCAGAUACAAGGUCUCUGUCCCAAAAUCUAGCCUGUUGAACCUCCCGCCCAAAGAUGGGGCUUACGAGAAGUGCUCUCUUUUUCUUAACGAUGAACAUGAUGAUCUAGGGACACCUUGUAGAGUAACUAUUGACUCUACUAGUGUCCAUUUAGAGGUAGAUUGCAGUAGUAGCCUUCGAGACGUUAAGCUUGUGUGCAUUGAGUUUGGCGAUUAAGAAAAUUGGUUCAGGCUCAAAUUUAUUGGCUGUUAUUUGACUUGAGAUACAAGUAGAUGUCUAAUUUAUUGUUGUUUUAUGCGUUGAAGGGUUGAAAGCGUGCAGCCUCGUAGGUCGCCCCAAGAACUAAUUGGAGCAAUACUCUUUGAGAAAGAAUUUAUAAGUAUAGAGAACAAACUUGUAGUUUACAU